UGGACUGGAGGCAGAAGAAAGGGUCGGUUUCUGGGCACUUUACUUUCUUCGUCCUCAAACCGUCAGCUCCGUCCAGGCGAGCAGAGCGGCUGGAGGGGCUGAGAGGCGGAGGGGCGGUAGAAAGUGGCUGGGGGCUCUCUGGAACGCGGCCGGUGUGUUGCGUCUGUGGGGAUGUGUGUCGCGGCGCGCCCCACUUGCGGCAGUCUGCUCCGCGACCCCGCGCCGGCAGCAUGCAGUGAGGCAGCAGGUAGUCUGCUCCCGCCCGCCAGCAGCCAGCCAGCACACCGCCAGCACACCGCCAGCACACCGCCACCGCCCAGGCGUCACCAUGAGGCCGCUGUCAGUGACAUGUCUCCUGUUCCUGCUGGGAGCAGCUCUCGGCUUCAGCAUCGCCCAGCUGCCUGACGGCUCCUCAGGCAGGAAGCUGUUUGGUGGAUACCGGAUAGUGCCGAAGCCGUGCCACAGUCGCUCUGGGCAGCAGGGCAUCUGCAUGUUCAACUACGAGUGCACCCAGAGGAAUGGUGAGGUGGUCAGUGCCUGUGUGGAUGGUUUCCUGUUCGGGUCGUGCUGCCGCCUGCCAGAUGGCGCCACCUUCCAGCUGCCCGACCCAGACCUGGAGGUCACGGACACCUAUCAUCCAACAGCCGAUCACAUACUCCAACAUGCCAGCAGCCACACCCCCUCGACAAGACCUCUGCCUCAGGCUGAUACUGUGCUACUGCACCAGAACGGCUCUGUCGUCGCUGAUGCAAACAACCCGGAGGAAGUUUUCCAUCCAUCUGCAUCCCAUUUGGAAGGCAGCCAUGGGGAGGGCGAGACCAUCAUAAUGCAGUCUGGCUUGGAGAAGAGCACCAUCAGCUCGGUGGAUAGUAACAGUUUCUCAAAGUGGCAGGCCGCCAUCGUGGAUGACAGCCGUGUUGAGACUGCUUCACAUUUCAUCAAGCCUGUGAAGACCGUCACUGCCACAGAUGGGAAGCACACUACUUUCUAUGCUCUCGAUACUAGCAAAAAACCUUUCCCUCUGGGAACCACUAUAGGCAGGCCAUUUAUUCCGGAUGCCACUGAGAUGAAUGAGAUUGAUGGUAACGAAGUUUUUACUAAGGAAGCCUCGUCAGUGGGUCCAAUUUAUUACUCUAGUAGAUGGCCAUCCAGUAGACCAUCCCCAGGACACAAGACUCCACCUGUCACCAAGCUCACUGAGAAACCUUUUGUAUCAUCCUCCACAAAUAAAUUUUCUGACAGUGAUGAUGGCAUGGUACCAGUACCAGUUAUUACUUUCGACAAAGGUCAAAAUAAGAGACCUCCUUCACACGAACAAGAGCCAGUGCCAGAACCGGAGCCCUACCCUGAGUCUCAUUCGGAGUCCAUCAAUCACAUACUGUCAAUUUUGAAUGACAGUAACUUGGGUGUUAUUAACUCUGGCAUCCAGCCAUUCAUGCCCACAUUGCAACCUGAUAGCAGGCCUGGUAUUUCAACUUGGGGUUUGAUAGAUGGCCUACCCGCACACUCAUGGGAACCUAAUGAGACAGCUUGGUCAUCAUCCAUGCCCUCUAUCUCUACAGAUGACUAUAAGGGUAAUUACUCUAAAAAUUCCACUAUAUUUUCCACUACUCAGCAUUUCCCAGGACUGUCCACGAUCUCAAAUAAUUAUGUAUCAAAGCCAAUGAUUCCAGUAACUAGUGUAGACUAUUUGAAAAAACCAAAUAUGACUAAAAAGCCAGUUCCAACCGUUAUUGUGCUUCAAAAUAUUGCAUCAGAUUAUACUACUCAUUGGCCAAGUAGUCAUUAUUCGAGUAAUGCAGGUAGUUAUCAAAAUACUAUUAGGCCCACAGGCAAUAUGCAUCAUAGCUCGUAUAUCACUAAAAUACCAAUUUUUUCAUCAAGUACAACAAAGAACCCUGCUAUUAAUAUUUUUUCUAACUCUUACAUGUAUAAUACUACAACUGCUAGCAAAAAGCCUAACAAUAAAACGACAAAUAUAAUUAAAACAUCUACUGUAGCCACUAAACCAACAGUUCAUCUUCCUGCAGGAAUGGGAAACCAUAAGAAUUCGACUUCCAGCUACAUACCAACAGCGAUAUUUUCGUCGAUGCACGACUACCCACAAUCAACAGCAUCGAUUUACAAGAAACCUUCUGGUCACAUUACAGGGAUCUAUCAAAGUUCCACAGAAAACCUUAGCUCAGAAAUAUUGUCUUUAAGCAGUGAGGCAAGUCAUGACUCUACCACAAAUAUGAUUUAUUCAAGUUCUGCUUCAUCACCCUCAUCAAUAUUCUCUACAUGGACACAAGACACAACUAGUGAAACUAAGCCAUUGUCUGUGACCUUUUUAGCAACUCGUCCAGAUUCCUCCUCAAACAGACCAACAACGUUAAGUCAACUGUCAAAACCCUCUGGGACAAAUAUUCCCUCGCAACACCCAACAACUCUCAACAACAAUGAUGAGGAUUUAGUAAACUUUCCACCCGUAAGGAACCCUCAGCUGAAUAUGACUAGUAUAGGUCAGCAGGAAAAUCCAUUGGUAGUGCAAUCAACUGAUGAACCUCCUGGGUUUUUAGAAAUUAUUCAGGAUAAUGAGGUGAGUACACCUCCAUUUGAGGAAAAUGACAAAUUGAAAAUUAAGCUUCAUUCAUUUGUCAGCAAAAUCGUCAAUUCACUGCAACAGAACUUUUUGGAACUGGAGGAUGUGGUGGUUAAGACUGGAAACAACUUUUCAUCUACAAUUGGCACUGCAGUAAGUUCCAGGCCUGGAACAACGACUGGACGUCCAGUCAAGGUCACUUCAUCACGCAGACCAACACCUAGUCUCCAGGGCUCGACAACAAAGAGACCCAUUCGUAUUUCAACCUCUGCAAGGCCCGUUUCCUCGACGCAGCGGCCAAUCAGCACUUCCAGACGACCCAUCACCUCCCAGAGGCCCAGGCCCACGGCCAAUCAGGCUACGUCUCCGAGGCCAACGGUUAGGCCCCGUCCAACUUCCCCGACCACGAGGAAACCUAAGCCUUCCCGCAGGCCGACGACCGGACAACCGCCAGCUGUGAGCACGACGACUCGGCGGCCUCGUCCCCGGCCAACGACGAGAAGAACUACGACAUCGUCCACUGUUUCGGGUCAGCAGGAGGCAUCGACGAGGCCGACGCCGACGAAGCGGCCGACGAAGCGGACAACGACCACUCCAGCUACCGCCGAGGAGACAUCGGCAGAUGAGCUGAAUACCUCCACCAUAGUCACCAGCUCCACCACCGCCAGACCUGUGGACUACAAGCGCGAGUGCGGCGUGAGGCCACUCAUGAAGAACGGCCGCAUCGUGGGAGGAAAGGGAGCUACAUUCGGCGCUUGGCCUUGGCAGGUGCUGGUCAAGGAGUCCACGUGGCUCGGACUCUUCACCAAGAACAAGUGCGGUGGCGUGCUUAUCACCGCCCGGUUUGUCAUCACUGCGGCCCACUGCCAGCCAGGGUUCCUGGCCAACCUGGUGGCCGUGAUGGGGGAGUUCGACAUAAGCGGCGAGCUGGAAUCUCGGCGCUCCGUCACGAAGAACGUGAAGCGCGUGAUAGUGCACCGUCAGUACGAUGCUGCCACCUUCGCCAACGACCUGUCGCUGCUGGAGCUGGACACACCCGUGGCCUUCGACAAGCACAUCGUGCCCAUCUGCAUGCCUCGCGACGGCGAGGACUUCACGGGCCGCAUGGCCACGGUCACGGGCUGGGGCCGCCUCAAGUACGGCGGGGGUGUUCCGAGCGUGCUGCAGGAAGUGCAAGUGCCCAUCAUAGAGAACUCUGUCUGCCAGGAGAUGUUCCACACAGCGGGACAUUCCAAGGUCAUUCUCAGUAGCUUCAUGUGCGCUGGCUACGCGAAUGGCCAGCGAGACUCAUGUGAGGGUGACAGUGGAGGGCCGCUGAUGAUGGAGCGAGAUGACGGCCGCUAUGUGCUGGUAGGCACAGUAUCACACGGCAUCAAGUGCGCGGCUCCAUACCUGCCGGGAGUCUACAUGCGCACUACUUACUACAAGCCCUGGCUGCGUAGUAUCACCGGUGUGCAGUGACCUGGUCGACACAGUGGGGUCAAUAGGUGCCAUGUUCCCAUCCCCAUCCACAAGACUUUUACGAUGCAACUAUUCUGAAUUGAUCUCCACUUGACCCUGCAUUCGGAAAGACUUGAAACGCAUAUUAAGAUGACUUGCCUUUUGUACAUAAAGAAUUUGUGAUUUAGUAUUUAUAUUUAGCCUAAUAUUAUAAAAAUAUAGUGUGAUUAUGUUUGUUCAUUGUUUCUGAACUAAAAACUAAAAUUACAAACGAAUUUCAAAA